AUGGGUGAACCCGACCUAGAAUCUCAGACCCCCAAAAAGAUAGACAGGGUCGCAGAAAAGGAAGAGAAAGCUACCAAGGUGGAAAGGGGCUACGGUCUUCCCUUUUGGCGAAAAUGUAUCAUUCUCUUCGUCGUCAGUUGGAUGACACUUGCUGUUACCUUCUCCAGCACAUCUCUUCUUCCUGCAACCCCCGAGAUCGCCGAGGAGUUCAACACCACAACCGAGACUCUCAACAUUACUAAUGCCGGCGUUUUGCUGGCCAUGGGCUUCUCGUCGCUUAUCUGGGGUCCGUUGAACAAUUUAAUUGGCAGAAGGAUCUCGUAUAAUAUUGCGAUCUUCAUGCUUUGUGUCUGUUCGGCGGCGACGGGGGCUGCUGUAGAUAUGAAGAUGUUUACAGCGUUUCGAGUCUUGAGCGGUUUGACAGGAACGUCAUUCAUGGUUUCAGGACAGACCAUUCUGGCGGACAUUUUCGAACCGGUCGUCCGUGGCACAGCCGUAGGAUUCUUUAUGGCUGGAUCGGUCUCCGGUCCUGCGAUUGGACCCUGUAUUGGAGGCCUCAUCGUCACUUUCUCCAGCUGGCGUAAUAUCUACUGGCUCCAAGUCGGCAUGACAGGACUCGGCCUGGUCCUGUCCAUCGUCUUCGUCCCCGAAAUCAAACAAGAGUCCAAAGAGGACCCCGAAGAAAAGAGAAGAGGACCGUACUCUCAGCCCUACGCCUCUUCAACCCCCUCCGAAUCUUCAGACAAUGGGUCUAUCCCAACGUCUUCUUCUCCGUAA